GGGCUGAUCACCGCGAUGCUCGCCACCCCCAAAGAGGACGGAGACGGGCCGCGGCGGCCGAUGUUCGCCGCCGGUGAGAUUUGCCCGUUCUACCAGGAGCACGGCCCGCGCAUCUUCCCCCAGAGGUGGGGCAAGCUCGCCUCCACCGUCGCCGCGGUGUGGGGGCCCAAGUACGACGGCAGGUACCUCCGCGACAUGGUCCGGGAGGUGCUCGGCGAAACGACGGUGGACGGCACGCUCACCAAUGUGGUCAUCCCCACCUUCGACGUCCGGCUGCUCCAGCCCGUCAUCUUCUCCACAUACGACGCGAAGAACUCGACUCUGAAGAACGCGCGGCUCUCCGACGUCUGCAUCGGCACGUCGGCGGCGCCGACGUACCUCCCCGCGCACUACUUCCAGACACACGACGACGCCAGCGGCGAAACGCGCGAGUACAACCUCAUCGACGGCGGCGUCGCCGCCAACAAUCCUACGAUGGUAGCCAUGACGAUGAUCACGGAGGAGAUGAUAGCGGAGGAGAAGGCGCCGCUGCUCCUGACGAAGCCGCCGGAGAAGGAGUGCGGCCGGUUCCUCGUCCUGUCCAUCGGCACCGGACUGACCUCCGACGAGGGGCUGUACACGGCGGAGAAAUGCUCCCGGUGGGGGGCGCUCGGGUGGCUGCGGCACAGGGGGAUGGCGCCCAUCAUCGACAUCUUCAUGGCGGGGAGCUCCGACAUGGUCGACAUCCACGUCGGCGUCAAUUUCCAGCUGUUCCACAGCGAGGGGAACUACCUCCGCAUCCAGGAGGACCAGGAUGACUCGCUCAGGAGCACCGCGGCGGCGCUGGACGAGGCGACGCCGGAGAACAUGAGGAAGCUCGUCGGCGUCGGCGAGCGCAUGCUGGGGCAGCAGGUGACGAGGGUCAACGUGGAGACCGGGAGGUACGAGAAGGUGCCCGACGAGGGGAGCAACGCCGACGCGCUCGUCAGGAUGGCCAGGACGCUCUCCGAGGAGAAGACGGCGAGGCUGCAGCGGCGGAUGGACGAAGUGACGGCGGCGGCCAGUGCCACUGGGUUUUAG